AUGUCUCCCCCACACUCUUCCGCUGCUGUCGAAGCCGGCGAUCAGAUCCAACCUCUUCUUCGCAGAGUUAACGGCCCAACAUACAGCACCAGCUCCGCAAUGGCAUCCAAAGAUGUCGAGACCAUCGCUGUGGCUCUGGACGCAAAGCCUGGCCCCGAAGAUGCUGCCCUGUCCGAGGCCAUCCGACUCGAACACAACUUGACCUUUUCCCAGGCCGUGAAGCUUUACCCCACUGCCAUUGGGUGGUCUGCUUUUGUGUCUCUCGGGGUCAUCAUGCUGGCCUUUGACCCGCAACUACUAGGCAACCUCUACGCCACACCUCAAUUUCAACGAGAUUUUGGCUACGAAUAUGAGGGCAGUUACAUUAUCAGCGCUGCAUGGCAAACUGGGCUGUCCAUGGGAAACCCCGUUGGCCAAGUCGUCGGCGCCUUGUUCGCGGCGUACCCCAUGGACUGGUUCGGUAGGAAGUUGACGUUCGCCGCAUGUGUGGUGCUCACCGCCGGUAUCGUGUUCAUACAGUUUUUCGCGCGGUCAUUGCCCGUCCUGCUGGUCGGCGAGCUUAUUGGGGGCCUCGUCCUGGGUAUGUACGUCGUCAUCGCUCCGGCCUAUGCCUCCGAAGUCUGCCCCAUGGCUCUCCGUGGCCAUCUCACGUCCUACGUCAACCUCUGCUUCGUCAUAGGCCAGCUUCUGGCCAAUGGAGUGACGGCGGGGACUUCGAAGUUUGAUACCCACUGGGCCUACUCGCUCCCCUUUGCGCUCCAGUGGUUCUGGAUUCUGGUCAUUUUGCCCGGCCUACUCUUCGUACCGGAGAGUCCCUGGUGGCUGGUCCGUAAGAACAGGAUGGACGAAGCAGAAAAAAGCCUCCGUCAGCUGGCUUCCAGCAAAGUCAAUAUCGCCGCUUCUUUGGCCUUCAUCGUUGAGACCGACAGACUUGAGCAAGAGCUGGAAGCGGGUAGUACGUAUGAGGAUUGCUUGAAGGGUGUCAAUUUAAGACGAACCGAGAUUUCAGUUGGCGUCUACUGCACCCAGGUUCUUAGCGGCAUAUACCUCAUCAAUUAUGGCACGUACUUCUUCCAGCAAGCCGGUCUGCCUACUGAUAAGGCAUUUGAUAUGGCCAUUGGGUUCCUUGCCGUCGGGUUCAUCGGCACCGUCAUAUCUUGGUACUUCUUGAUCCAUUACGGCAGGCGAACCAUCUAUAUCACCGGCUUAGCCGCCUUGGUGGUCUUGCAGCUACUCAUCGGCAUCCUUGAUUGCGUCCCGGGACGUCCGAAGGGCGUCGCUUGGGCGGAGUCAUCCUUGAUGCUCAUCUGGAACUUUGCCUACGACCUAUCCGUUGGUCCCAUCUGCUUUGUCCUCAUCUCCGAAGCCUCGGCUACAAGAGUCCGGUCGAAAACGAUUGCCCUUGCAACAGCCGCUCAGGGUGUCCUUGGGAUCAUCAUGACUGUCGCUAUACCGUACAUGAUCAACCCUGACGAGGCAAACAUGCAGGGGAAGCUAGGGUUUUUCUUUGGGGGCUUAGCUGCCUUGUGCUUAGUCUGGGCCUGGUUCCGCGUCCCCGAGACAGCGGGGCGCACUUACGAAGAGCUCGACAUCUUGUUCGAACAGCGGGUCCCGGCGCGUAAGUUCAAGGGUUACGUCGUUGAGGGUAUGACUCCAGCCAACCAAGAGUGA